GCGGUGUGUGAGAAGUGUAUUUUGACCUUUGCUUUGAGGGAAAGAUUUGAUGUUUAGACGGAAUGUCAAAAAUUGGGAAAUUUAAACAAUUACGUCAUGCUGGUAAUGCAUCAUUAGUCAGAAGGUCAAAACCGCGGUCAAAGUCUUUGUUGCAUGGUUGGUCACUUAGAAACAACGCACUCAGAGUGAACAUUUUCGCUUUCAGAAACACAGAGUACUUUCAUUUUGGGUAUAGAUAGAACUUGUACUGCCAACGUACGGCAUUUUGUUCGGAGACCAGUUGUACAAAGAACAUUGGAACUAUAACUUCGCACGACUGGAAACGAUUGGUGCUAUUACAAGUCAACACACCGAGAUACAGUAUAAGAUUGAAGUGGUUGGUACCAGUUAAGAUUAUUCUCGAAUCUAAAGUGUAUUCAUUAAAGGACUAAGGUUAGUAUUAUUAUUUUCACUUCUAUUGUGGUCACCCAUUCAUGAAAUGUAAAAAUAGCUUAUCAAUGUUAAACUGUCUGUAUCAGUUAAUAUGAACAUGCUUUCGUUGGUAGGGAUGAUGCAACUACCUGAAAACUAUAAGGAGAAUUUCGACGUUUCGAGCGAAGGCCCUUUGUCUGGAGUUACUAGCGCUAAUACCUCCAGACGAAGGGCCUUCGCUACAAAAGUCGAAAUUCUCCUUAUAUUUUUCAGGUAGUUGCAUCUUUAUCAAUAUUAUAUUGUUAGGGAAUCGUGGGUUUGGUUCGAGUUUGGUAAAGUAGCAAAGAAGAAGUUAAGAUUUAACGCGAAGAUAUGCAGUAUAAUGUAAUACCAAGCUCUUGGAAAUUUUUAAUGACAUAAUGCUUUCGUUUUUAGUACUCGUGGCUUACCAACUAAUUAACUAAGUUAUUUAUACUUGAUCUUGCGGAGGUUUAAGCAGAGUGGAUAUAAUUAUGCGCGAAACUAUACCCCAAGUACUGAAAUUGUCAUGUUAUACAUUCGAGAUUCAUACAAUGGAAAUUCCCAAUUCUAAAUCAAAACUUCAUUUGUACAUUUAUCAUUCCUCGCUAAAAAUUAAUUUAUACAUUGCAUAUUUGCAGCCAUGGUGGACUCAAAUUCAACUUUUUGCGAUCUUCCUUAUUCGUCAUCCGUCGCUAUAGCAACAAUCAAUGCAAUAUUUUGUGUGUUGGGUAUUAUUGGUAACAGUCUGGUGUUGGUAGCUGUGUACAGAACCAUGGAACUUCAUACAUUAAGUAAUCUUUAUUUGGUUGCAUUAGCUAUCGCUGAUUUUCUCACGAGCGCCAUAGUACAGCCUUUGUUAAUUGUCAUGGUAAUCCAAGAAAGCAAGGGGGAGUGCAACAAAACAUUGGAAACAGUGUUUCGAAGUGUAGGAAAUUUCUCUGCUGCAGCUUCUUUUCUUAUUUUACUGUUCAUUACAACGGAACGUCUACUUGCAGUCUUAAAACCAAUCCUGUAUAAAAACUUUCAUCCCAAACGAAGGUUUGUGGUUUUCAUUAGUAUCAGCGUGAUACUUCCUUUGAUCUACACUAUCCUGCGUGUCGCAGUGAGCAAGAAAGCUACAUCUUAUUUUUCUGCAAUAUUAUUUGUGCUCGGGUACAUCUAUAUAGCAGCAUGUUAUCUUAUAAUUCUGCUUCAGUUACGCAGACAAAGUAGGAAGAUGGAAAGAUCAACUAGCAUACCUCAUGGAGAAGAUACUAGGUCGACACGACAUGCUGAGAAGGCGGUCACUUCAACUAUGGCAUUAAUUAUUGGUAUCUUUACAAUAAUGUGGGGACCAUUCUUUUAUUAUCGUAUCUCGCAACCUUCCACUAAUAGCGGCGAGGGUUAUAACUGGGUUCGAACAAUGGCAAUUAGUAAUUCAGCUCUAAAUUUCAUCGUGUAUGCUUUCCGAAUGAAGAGAUUUCGAAAUGCAUUCAAAACCACCAUAUCUGACAGUAUCCAUUCGCUGUUACGAACAUCGAGCACUGCUAUUAAUGCUCAAAACUGAACUUGUAUAUAUUGGCAAGUGGAAACACAAUGCUGCUGCAAGAUAACACCUUUUGUGAUAACAUUGAAAUAUGUUUAAACUUGCUACUAUGCAAUGUUUUCAUUUUAUUAUUUUAACCAAUACAAACAAACGUUUCCGUGUAGCUUCUUGAUUUCAACAUCAACAACAUCAACAAGGUAGCGACGUAGUCCAAGGUAAAGGUCAUGCAAGAAUAAUUUUACCACUAAACGAAACUAAACGACGAAAUUUCGUAAUUGGCAACAUUUCGUAAUUGGAAAUGUAAAAUGGGGGGAAUGUCAGGCAGUAAAGUUUUACUUUCUUAAUAUCAAAAGACCUAUACUCGAAUAAUAAAAUGUCCUUUUAUAAAAUGUCCUUUUAUUUACCGUAAUAAGAAACACAAACCAGAGGAGAUCAUUGACUCGAUUCCAAAUAAGCAAUCACAAAUUAAUGAUUGAAUGUGGUAGAUACCACAACAUUUCCCGAAAAGAACGAUAUGUAAGCUUUGUAAAUCAAACGAAAUAGAAAAUGAGGAACACUUUCUUAUUUCAUGUGAUGCCUACGACAAUAUUAGGCAAGACUUCCUCACUGUUCUCGCCAACAAUACAUACCAAAGAGAACAAAAUCUAUCAGUUGACAUAUUAAAGUCAACUGAAAAUGAAACGAUUCUAAAACUAUCCAAGUUUGUUCUUUCCUGUUUCGAGCUAAGAGAUAAACGCCUUGAAACCAGGGAUGCUGAACACUAAAGUUCAAUAUUAUCGUAUUUGACUGCUAUCUUGUAAAUAGCUUCUUUACCUUAUUGUAAUCUUGUAAUAGGUCGUAUUUAGCCUAUAGUAGUUACCUUUAGUUUGUAUGUUUAGUUAUUGUAGUUAAAGCUUUAGCAAUACCUGUAACUGUUGGUCAUGCUAAUAAAGUUAUUAUACAGCUACUGCGUUUGACUCGUGCACCUUCUGUCAAAACAGAUAUGUAAUUUUCACCGAGUUGCACAAACACUUUUUAUAUAUAAUAAUUGCACAACACUUUUUUAUUUGAGAAAGUUUGCUUUGAAUUGCAUAUAGACUAUAUAGAUAUAUCAGUUUAUACUCCUAUUUGACACGUUUUCUUGUGCAAUUGUGUAACUUAUUUACGAUAAUGUAAGUAACCUUGAUUUUAAUGUAUGCAUUGAUAUAUCUUCUUCAUAUUAUGGAAGCUAUGGAAAUGACCAAAUAGGGUAAUGUCUAAAAGGGAUGGACGAGAGGUAGUUUACGAGAUGGUUCCAACAU